AUGCGUGGAGCGGUCCAUAAAGCCAACCACGGCUCCUACCACCAGAAGAAGCACCAUUCUGAGCCUUCGUCCCAGUCAGGUCCUCAUCGUGAAGACCACCAGCCUAACGAGGCUAUCAAUAAACGCCAAGCCGGUCCUGCUAUCAUUGUGUCGAGUAAGCAGCAUCAGGCCCAUGUGACUUUCGAUACUUGGAGAGGAUUUCGCGGACGGGGUCGCGGUCGAGGCGGAAGAGGGAAACUCACAUCAAUCUCUUCAACAUUUCUUUCUCAUAAUACACAACCUCAUGCUCGAGCUUCCACAUCUAAACGAGGCGCCGAGAAGAACUUUCAGUCCUCGCAAGCAUCGACAGACACCCUCCGUUCUAUGCUGUUCACUGGUGGACCCACACCGCCACGUCCAGACCCACGAUUGAAGUCUACGCGUCCAUCUCCUCCCUUCAUUCCACAUACUGUGGCUGCCGGUCGCGAAAACAGAGUACAUGUGCCACCUCUGAAGCCGGUACGACGCGACUCGCAUCUGGACCGACCGUUUGUCCCGGAACCUGAAUCUGUUUCCUCAAAUAUCUCCUCACUGUUUUCUUUACCUCUUGCUUCGGGUCCUCAGCUUCCUAGUCCGCAUGGUGCAUCUUUUGCUCCCCGAACUCCUCCACCCGCGAAGCGCCGACGUGUACAAGAACGUGAAGUCGAGGAAGCACCCACGUCUUUGAAUUCUCCUCGCAGAUCGGUCCAAUUCAAGAGUGAACCCGGUUCUUUGUCUCCACUGAGAACGCCGUCCCCCACUAACCAGGUGAAAUCUGAACCACGGUCACCAUCGCCUCCUCCUUCAUCCUCACUUCCUCAUCGAGCUGUCCGUUCUGGACUGAAGCGAUACUUUCCCAUUCCACCAGAUUGCGAACGACAGGAUGUGAACUACCUUGAGAAUCGACGGAGAUGGGCGCGUCGAGAGGGAAGCAUUCUGAAAGACUUGAGAUUAAAAGUUGAAAGAGUGCUGUUCCGAGAUGAUGGCCUGGUCAUCGAAUGGUCCAGCGAGGAAGAUGUUUGGCUGGACACGUUGCGUCCUGUGAAUGAAAGGGCAAUGGAGGUCAUCGAUUUGGUGGAUGACAACGAGGAUUCCGAUGUAGUAGCGGACGUCGAACCGCUGGCGACGAAUUCCGAUUCACAUCCAGAACCGCCUGCCGACCUCAUCGCACUCACUCUCGAGUUCGUCAAACGCUACAUCUCGAUUUUUGACCAUGACCGGAGUGCUGUGGGAAAGCUAUAUGCUCGAGAUGCUGUCUUUUCGUUCCGAAACAAUAACUUCGCACACCCCGUGCAUUUUACUUUCCGGAGAAAGGGUUUGUCUCAAUCACGAAUGCCGAAGCUGCCCGUAUUGGAGCGGUACCGAUACUCGAGCACUGCGGAUGGCGAGGUUGACGUAGAUUACGACAUAGUGCUCGAAGGGUCGAAUGUUGUUCUAACACUCUACGGCGAACUCGUCGACCCUGAUGGACGUCGCCUCGCCAGUGAGCAGGCGUUUGUGCUCAUGCGGACUGAUUCGGAUUCUUCUGAAUGGCCGUUGGUCGUGGUCUCGCACAUAAUGGUGAUCCGGGACACGCCGUGGGUCAGAUGGCAGGGAACGAUCGAGAGCUUGCAACAUACAUAUUAGAAAUCCAAACAAUGAGUUCCUAUGUGACGGAAUGUAUUUAAAAGCAGGUACUGUAUGAUAUCACCAUGUGGGCCGAAUCAGGAAAUGGGCCAUUUGCCCCCUACGCUCUAACAGUACUAUAUUUCGAGUUUUUCAUAUUUGUUCAAGG